AUGGCGGUUGCGCGUCGAAUGGCCGCCAUCUUGGUUUUGUUGUUAGCGUUGUUUAAUUUAACAGUAGGAUGUGACGUUGAUGAUGUGGCUGUGUACAAAGUGUCGUUGCAAAUGUUAUGGAGUGAAGAGAGGUUUCCAAAGGAUUAUCCUCAGAACAGACCGAAGGCGCAAUGGUCACAGGUAUUUGGACAAUCACACUCUUCAAACUACAGCCUGUACCACAUAGGUUCAGUCGCGAGUGCUUCAAUUCGUUCCUUCGCCCAGUACGGGAAGAUCGAUGACCUGGUGAAGCAGGGUGAUGACGAUCAACAGGUUUACGACCAGUUCUCAGCACCAGCUAUAGGAUUAGGAACUGGGACGACAGAGAACAUGGUGUUUGUUGAUGGGAGGCACAGUUUGGUGUCUCUCAUAAGUCGUAUGAUUCCAUCACCAGACUGGUUCAUUGGAGUAGAUGGCGUAAACCUAUGCGUGGACUCUUCAUGGGUCGAUCAAAUAACUCUUGAUUUGGAACCUCUAGAUGCAGGAGCAGCAAGUGGAUUAACGUUUACAGCUCCACGCUGGGAGACCAACCCACCUGACCUGGUGACCAGGCACAAACCAAGAUUACCUGAUCAUCCAGCUGCCGGCUUUUACUACCCGCUGCUGAGAGAACUGCCAGCUAUAGCUAAAGUGGAAUUCACCAAGGUAAGACAAUACUCAACAAAGGAACUCAACAAUCUAGCUCGAACAGAACUUCUAUCAACGCUCGAUGCUAAAAACGAACAAAAUGAUGCACCACGACAAACGGUUAAAGUUAAUGAUGACAGUGAUGAAGAAAGCGAUGAAGAAGAAGAACAUCCUACAAUGACAACACGAAGCAAUGUGGAUACGUUGAAAGAUUUAGAGGAAGAACCUAUUGGUACACCAAGACCUAAUGUACCAGAAAACUAUGUGGUCGUUGUGACUAAAGCUCCUACAACUACGACAACUGAAAAAGAAUUCGAAGGUGAACUCAAGAGUAUGGACGACGUUGUUCUAGCAGUUGCUCACGGCAGAAAACUGGGGCUGCACAAACAUCUGCCUAGACAUUUUAGGUCUCGUCUGCACCAUGCAGUUAACAAGAUACAACCCAAUGACUGCCUCGUCUCGGAAUGGAGUGCUUGGUCACCUUGUUCAGUCACUUGUGGCUUCGGUGAACAACUUCGAUCCAGGAGCGUAGUACGUGAAAAGAAGGAGGGUGGCCGCAACUGCCCUACACUUACUGACAGAAAACACUGCGGCAACGUUAACUCUUGCGCACAUAUCGAUUAUUUUGAGUGGUAG